AAUCACAAAGUAUUAUCGAAAUCGCUUGUUGACAGUGGGGAAGUGUCUAUCAAAUUUUUAACAAUGGAGAGCAAAGAAAUGGACAAGUUUUUGAGCGAAAUCGACUGGCAAGAAGGAAGAAUACCGAUUCUUAAUGACGAAAAUCGGAAGUUACAGGAUGAGGUAUUUCAGAUAAAGCAGGAGGUGAAGAGUAAGAAAAAGGAAUUUGAUGAACUUCAAGAAAGAAUGUAUUCUAUGUCCCAACAUAAGAAGAAUGUGGAACAAGAACUCCAGAACACUCAGGAUCUCAUAUUGGCUGUAAUAAAGGAGAAUGAAACAGAAAACCAUUUAAUCAAGGUCACUGUUGCACAAAAGGAAAGAUUAAAUCAGGAGAUUGCCAGAAUGGAUAAAGAGAAAAAAGCAAUUAGGGAAAAAAUCAAUAUGGAUGAGAAUCUUAGAUUCAAACUUGGUGAGGAGAUUGACAAGUUCCGGACAAUUCUAAACAUCAACAAAACUAAACUGGAAGAAUGGUUGACAUUGACAGCUGAAAAAGAUGAGGACUUCAUGACUUUUCAGAAAUAUAAACGUUUGGACGAAUCGAAAGUUAAUGAACUGAAUCUGCAGAUCAAUUAUCUUCUUGAAGAAGUUAAGAAUCAGAAAAAUGCCUUGGAUGUGGAAGCAACUGAAACCCAAUCUGUUCAGAUUGCUUUGGAUAAAACCGCUGAGGAAUUUCGGCGAAGCCAUUUAGAAAGGCAUGAGUUGAUAGAAAGAUGGGAACGAACACUGAAUUUGAUGAAGAAAAGAGAUGAUGAUAUGGAAUCUUUGAAUAAUCAAAUACAUUUGCUGAAGCUCCGAAUUUUACAAAAGGAACAUGAAAUUGCUGAGAAGAAAAGGUUUUAUGACAAUGAGGUUGAGAAUAACAAAGAACUUGAUGUGAAAAUCCAAAUGACAAAUAAAACUGCCAGUAAAUUUCGACAAGAUUAUCAAGAGAAAGAAGAGCAAAGGAUCCAGUUUGCUAGUGAGCUGGACGCCCUAAAGAAAACAGUAGACCGAACGGCAACAGAUCUCGAAGCCAGCCGGUCACAGGUUGCAGAACUUAAAAAAGAAACAAAUGAUUCAACAAAGAGAAACGAGUUGCUCACUGAGAAAUAUGAGGAGAUGAAAGAAAAGCUGGACAUUGUUACGAAAUCAUCAAUGUCAGCAAAAGAGGCUGCCGACCAACUUGAGAUAUUACUUUUAAAAGAAGAGAAAGACAAAGAGAAACUCGAAGCAGACCUCCGAGAGUUACGGUCAUUGAAAUAUCGAAAGGAACAAGAAUUAAAAGCUAAUCAAGAUGACUUGAAAGUUCUUGAAAUGAAAGCAAAUAAUUCUCGAGUGGCAAUCCGUAACAUGGAAAAUAAAAUAUACAGACUUGACCAAGAUGCUUUGAAGCAAGAAGCUCUUCUUUAUACACAGGAUUUAGCUAUUGAUAGCUUGAACAAAAGGAUUGCCAGCAUGGAGGGGGAGGUUGAUUUGGAUGAUCUUAAUCAAAAGAAAGCUGAUAUCAAGUCUCUUACUGAAGCACUUGAAGAAAAAAAGUCAACUCAUAAAAUGCUGGAAGGACAACUAAAUAGAUUAAAGGAUGAUACAUUCAAAAUUGAAUCUGACAUAUCGAAACAUUCUGGUGAAAUGGAGGAUCUGAUAAAGAAGAUUGCUGACAUAACACUAUUCAAUGAAAGCUCAGAUAAGUUACUCAAGAAGAAUAUAAGAGAAAAUCAGGAAUUAUUGGUAAAAGAGAAUAUGGAAAAAGCUGAAGUGAAACGACUCCAGAAGCUGUUAUAUGAUGAAGCAUUUAAAGUUCUUACACAGGAAGAAAGAAAACUUCAAAUUGAAACGGUUAAAAAAGAGCGUAAACAUGAAAUAAAGAUUCAUAAUGACAUGCUGUUAUCGCAAAUAAAAGUUGUGGAGACUGAGCGACAGACUAUCAAUAUGGAAUUACAUGAACGACAGGCAAAACUUAAGAAACUGGGAGCCCGGCAUGAAAUCUUAACUUCAGCAAUGGCACCAUCUGACGGAGAAGAAGAAAAAUCUCAGGCUUAUUAUGUCAUCAAGGCUGCCCAAGAAAAAGAAGAACUUCAAGUAAUUGGAGAUGAGCUGGAUGCAAAAAUACAUAAAGCAGAAAAAGAAAACCGGGCCCUUGAUAAUACUAUCAAAUUAUUGAAUUCAAGCAAUGAAAGUUACCGAAAGUCUUUCAAUCGAGUUGAAGAGAACUCUCAGGAAAUGGAAGAAAAGAAAACUCUGGAUGAGAAAUUGCAUGUUGUCCAAGAUGAGCUUCGCCUGAAAAAGCGCCGAUGUAAAGAACUCAAUGAAGAUUUGGAAACAAUGGAAUCAACACUUAAUCACAAAAAAAGAGAAAGUGCUACAUUAAAAGAGUUUGUCAACUGCAAGAAGGCAGAACUGAGUGCCCUUGAAAAGGAUUUGAGUGAUAUUAAAGUAAAGAAGGAUAGAGUGUCACGCCAGAAUAUCCGUUGUUCGAGAGAAAUCAGGUCUCAACAAGGUGUCACUCAUGAAACGGAAGAGGAGCUGGAUUUCGAACUUCGUGAACUCAAAGAAGUUGUUCAAAAUAAUCUUUCAGAGAUAAUAAAGAUUGCACAACAUUAUGAUGAAUCAAUAUCUGAGAGUCUUGAGCUGUACCUGAAACAGGCCAACUUACCUAUUCCAAGCCCAACAGGAGUACUGUGGCGCAGUUCCUCUUCUUCAUCGUCCACCUCUUCAAGCCGUACCUAUUCCGCUAGCAGUUCCAGCAGGAGCAGUGUCAGUCAGAGAGAGGCAAAGCAAUUAGCGUUAGUCACAGUUGGUGCUGAAAUAGACGAAAGUUCAAGCGAAGAUCCUUCUCCCGAGAAGUUAAGCGCUGUAGCCAUGAGUUCCAGUAGCAGGAGUAGCUGUUCUGACAGCAGUGAGGCUCGAUCUAAGAGGGUGGCAUCAGUUCGAACCCAGUCGACUUCGUCCUCUGAUUUGGUGAUUAUUGGAUCAGGACACAGCGUUAUAUCGGAACAUUAAGCAGAGAAAUUAAAUUACUCACUUUUACAGAAAUAUUCGUAAUGGGAGGCAGUUCAAAUGAAAAUAUACUGGAAUAUUCUGAAUUUAGUUUUAUUCAAUUUACUUUUCCUUCUUUUCAUGUAAACCAAAUUAUAAUUCUAUGUAUUGACGUAUUGAAAAAAUAAAGUUUAAUAAUU